GAUUCCAACCGCCAAUCAGCGGCGACAGGAAAUCGCGGUUACUUCAAGUUGUUGUUUACUUAUCCGCAGACUGACGCCGCAUUGCAGUCAGAUUAAACAAACAAAUUAUUGUUAUUUUAAUAUAAAUUUAGCCAGUUUUAUCGCGUAAAUCCAGCGUGUUUUUGUCACAAUAGGCUCACGAGACUACAGUGUGACUAAGCUGCUGCUGCUGCUCACGCGCCGGCCCGUCCGUUAAUGUCGUCGUGACGGUUUGUUUCGUUGCUUCGUUUUUUAAAAGCGACGCAGAGAUGCCGAUGGUGCUGCGGUCCAGAAAGUCCAUACACCCGAGCCAGGCGGAGGAGGAGGCGGCGGCGGAGGUGGACACAGCAACAACAACAACAACACCACCACCAACACCGGGGAGUCUGAGGCGGUCGACCCGCCCGCACGGGACGACCCGCUUUACGUACGAGGACUCAGAUGAGUCAGACUCUGAGUCUGUCCAGAGCCAAGUGAUGGAGAUACAUCAACGUCCCCAGGCUGAGGAGCAGCAGCAGCAGCAGAUGGAGGAGGAGGAGGAGCAGGAGGAGGAGGAAAGUGCUGAGGAGGCUGAUGUCACGAAACUGAAGCAUUGCAGCGUUGUGCUAGACCGCCUCGAGGGUGACGACAAGGCCGCAAAAGCAGAGUUUGAGGACAAAGAAGACAUGAACCGCAAAGGUGGGAAACCCGUCUCCCGAAUCCCUACUUUCCAUAAACGACCUGCCCAGAACACGGAGCUGCCCGUUCCCAAAAAAGAUACCCCCGUCCACGUAGCUCAUCUUUCAGAAAAAGCUGUAAGUGGGAGCGUGGAGGCCGCCAAGUCCAAGCCGCCCGAGGUCAGAGAAAAGGCGCUCCCUGUGCCAUCGGUCCGCGUCCCUAAAAUCGGCUUCGAAGGCCCUUCUGCAUUCAUAGGAACAGAACACACUGCUGCAGCAUCCCAUAGAUCGCUAAUUACUUCACCUAAGGCCUGGAGUUUGUCUGAGUCUGUGCAGAGCCCUCUUAUGACUGUAAGCCCCAGGCCUGCCCUCAGACCAGAGCAAGGCUUGCAGCAAAAUCUACCAGAACAAGACAAGAGCAAAACGUUAGAAGCUGACACCGUACAAGAUGCCCCCAUAUCUGAGCGUCCACGCAAUGGCACUAUCGACCAGAAGCCACCAGAAGACUCGGAAGAGAAGUACACUGCGCUUAAAAGAAAGGAUGUCCUCGAUGCAGCUGGAGAUAUAGAGAAGCCAGAGAUCCAUCACACAACCGUGAUUAGCAAAGAGAAGGCGAUUAUGGAUGAAGAGCCACCGUGGGAAAGGGAGCCUAUGAAUUUACUUGAAUCAAAGGACAGUAGAUCUUCAUCGGAUGUGGAAGGUGAGGAUGACUUGGCUGAUGAAAAGUCUAAGUGCCAUGAUUCAGGGGAGGUGAAGGAGCAUCAUGAACCACUUCUAAUCCAGUCGGAGUCUUUGAAUCUCGCAGAGAAAAGAGCCAGCGCUGAUGAAGUGGCACCAGAGAAGCCUGCUAAAGCUAGCUCAAGCCAGUCAACUAAGCGCUCCGGCUGCUCCAGCUUCACCCUCUGCUUCUUCCUGCCCACCACCUUGCUGCUUCUGGGGGGGUUUGGCCAACAUGUUUGGCACUACGGGCUUCCCAGGUCUGUAGCUCAGCUCGCAGCUCAGCUGGAACUGCACAUGCUGGAGGGCUUUGGCUUACCAGAGCCUUGCAGCACCGAUUGUCGAGUGCAUCUGGUGGAGAGCAUCCCCAUAGGUCUCUACCCUUCUUUUCCCCCACCUGAACGGAGCAUCGCAGACAGCUGGCUACACCUGCUCAACAAGGCCAAUAGCUCGGUCCACAUUGCUGCUUUCUACUUCACCCUGCGGGAAGGCGAUUUGGACUCUUCAGACUCUCAGGGAAGAUUGGUCUUUGAGCAACUUAAACAACUUGAAUCCAAAGGUGUGAAACUCCAGAUCGCCGUCAACGCCCCCCAGACCUCAACUCAAGAUACGGCAGAACUGGCUGCAACAGGUGCUGAAGUCAGAGAGGUAGACCUCAAGGCUGUAACUGGAGGCAUCGUCCACACCAAGCUGUGGGUGGUGGAUCAAAAGCACUUCUACUUGGGUAGCGCUAACAUGGACUGGCGCUCUUUAAGUCAGGUGAAGGAGGUCGGCCUGUCGGUUGAGGACUGCAGCUGCCUGGCUCAGGAUGCCUAUCGGAUCUUCGGGGUGUACUGGAGCAUCGGCGACACAAACAACAACGGCUCGCUGCCACCGUACUGGCCCGCUCGUCUCUCCGCUCUGUCCAGCUCCCAGAAUCCACUGCGUUUGAAGUUCAAUGGGGUGCCCGCUCAAGUCUACCUGUCUAGCGCCCCUCCGCAGAUCUCAGCCCGCGGACGCUCAGACGAUCUCUCCACCAUCCUCUCAGUCAUCGACGACGCCCAGGAAUAUAUUCACAUCUCUGUUAUGGACUAUCUCCCCCUGUCUGAGUUCACAGAGCCACUCAGGUUUUGGCCCGCCAUCGACUCGGCCCUGCGCGCUGCAGCCUGCACCAGAAGGGUUCAGGUCAGACUGCUGGUGAGCUGUUGGGCGCACUCACCUGGCGCCAUGUUCACUUUCCUGCAGUCCCUGCUGGUGCUCAACAGACCUCCACUGAACUGCGACAUCGACGUGAAAGUCUUCAAAGUGCCUUCAACGCGGGAGCAGAUGAAGAUUCCCUUUGCACGAGUCAAUCAUGCCAAGUUCAUGGUCACAGACAGAGUGGUCUAUAUAGGGACGUCCAACUGGUCGGAGAACUACUUCACCCAGACAGCUGGUGUGGGCUUGGUGGUGAACCAGACCGGCUCUGAGGUUAAAGCGGGCCAACAGACUCUACAGAGCCAGGCAGAGGAGCUCUUCCACAGAGACUGGUCGUAUCAGUAUGCCACCCCGCUCUCUGUUGACGACGUGGAGGUCUGCCCGCGUGGGCGACACUGACGGGUUUGCUGUCCAAUAAAGCACAUUGCAUUCUAGAUGAGCGUCUUGCUUGCUCCUGUCACUUGAAUCUCAUUUUAUGCAGAAUCCGCUUGCUGUACUGUGUGAAUGAACGUUUAUUUUAUUGAAGUUUCCGACUGGCUGCCUGUUUUGUUUUUUGUACAUAAUUGCGUUUUUAUAUUUCGUUUUAAAACGUAUUGUUUUUUUAUACUCUGUUGUUUGGACAAAUGUCUUACAUGUGUUAAGGCGCAAGGGAACUCGCUUUGUACAAAUAAUUUCAUGCCUGGAGCAUUUUGUAUAUUUUCCUGGUGCCUACUUCUUUUUGUUUUCAUUGCCUGGUGUCUGAUACUGUAAUGUAAAGGAGAUCUUUAUAAUUACUCAACAUACCUGUGCAGUUUUCUCGUGAUCUUAUGACCAGGGUUAUCUUAUUGUAUGCUCGGCAUCUCGUUUCUGUUCAGAUCAGUUCAAACUUCCAAACUCUGAACACCAACAGAGCUAUAGUUUACUAUAUGUUUGGACCUAAAUGCUGCUUUUUUUUGUUGAUAUUUGAGAGCAUGUUGAAUCUGAUUAGAUCCAUCUCCGAUGCCACAGAAGUACAACAGCAAAAUGGGAUUUUAUUUGUGGUACUCAAUUGUCACGCAAGCAGCUCUGUGAGACUGUAGUACAUAGGGAUGCUUUGAGCUAAAUGCUAACAUGUUGAUGUUUGGCAGGUUGUAAUGUUUACAGUGUUCACCAUCUUCGUUUGGCAUGUAAGCAUGCAAGAUUUGCCAGUUAGUACUUGACGCAGAGUACACCUGAGGCUGAUGAAUGUCACUAGUUUUGCAAGCAUCUGCUCAUAAACCAAAGAUCCCCUCCAGACAUGUUUUAAAAAGAAAUACAAAUAAAAAUGCUCUGCUUGGAA